ACACAAAUAAUUGAGCUCUUUCUUCUCUGCAUACGCACCUCACAGUCCUCACUAUCGCAUCAUUAUCCAUUUAUCAAACAGUUGCUACAAACUAAAUAUUCAGAAACUACGAUGAUAUCUUUAGUCACGAAUACAGAAUUCAUCUCCUUGUAUAUAUUAAUUCUGGUGUGUUGUUGCUACUGUAUUUCAGCUAAAGACAACAUAACGACUGGGGAAUUUAUCAAUGAUGGUCCUGAUUACUUAGAAUCUUCUGGGAAGAAGUUUCAAAUGGGCUUCUUUCCACAUGGAAAAACAGAAAUAAGAAGAUAUGUGGGGAUAUGGUAUACGAGGGAUCCAAAGACUGUUGUGUGGGUUGCUAACCGUGAUAACCCAUUGAUGGAUUCCACUGGAAUUCUUACUGUUGCGGAAGACGGUAGUGCUAAGCUGUUAAAUGGAAAACAAGUUGAAUACUUCUCUACAGACAUUUCAGUUGGAGCUUCUUCAACGGCACUGAAGUUGUUGGAUGACGGAAAUGCCAUAUUAAUAAAUGUUAUAUCAGGAAACAUAUUAUGGCAGAGCUUUCAAACUCCAACAGAUACUCUUCUUCCUGGAAUGAAGAUGGUCGAUAAUAACUUAAAGUUGACAUCAUGGAAAAGUCGAGAAGACCCAGGGUCUGGAAGCUUCGAGUUUCAGCAAGACCCUGGUACAAACCGAUACUUCAUUUUGGAGGAAUCAACCAAGCUUCGAUGGAAAAGUGGGAACAAGUCGACGAAAAGUUUUGAUGAGAAUCAAAUUUUCACUCAGGCAUUCUUGUUGCUGUCAAACAGUACUACCACAAAAACACGAUCCAUCAUUGGGAAAAAAUGUUACACGUAUUCUUCCUGCAUAAAGGAUGAAAGUUAUCUGGUGAUCGAACCUUACUCAAGGUUGUUAAUGAACCAUACAGGGCAUAUACAAUAUCUUAGCUGGCCUCAAAAUUCAACUCAAUGGGUUUUGGAUUGGCAAGAGCCCAAAGAUAACUGUAGCGUGUAUAAAGUGUGUGGCUCAUUUGGGAUUUGCAGCGAAAAUAAGGACACAUUCAAAUGUAGUUGCUUACCUGGAUUUGAACCAACUAAUUAUAAUUCACCUGAUGAUUAUAGUGCUGGAUGCAAAAGAUCGUCUGAAAUCAGCUGUCUCCCAGGAAGUAAUGACGCAUUCCUGACAAGAACUAUGAUUAGUAUGGAUGAUACAACUUUGCCCUUCUAUAAAUCAGAGAAUGAAUCAGCAUGCAAGAAGAAGUGCCUUAAAGACUGUCAGUGCCUUGCUUAUUCUUAUAUUUCUCAAAACAAGCUGGGAGGCUUAGUGGAUGAAAGUCGCAAUGUGGAGAGCUCUGGUUGCUGGUUCUGGAACUCUGAACCAGAUAAUCUUAGAGAGAACGGUGUACAUACUAUCUCCUUUCGUGUUUCUAAGUUAUCAAAAGCACCUAUAAUUAGUCAACCACCCGAAUCGGAGCCAAAGCCAACAGAAAAAUCAUCAUUUGUGAAACGUGUUCUUGCUAUUGUUAUCAUUGUUUCAACGCUGGUGCUUUUGUCAUUGUGUGGCAUUAGCUAUAUUUUAUACAAAAGAUUAAUGAAUAGAAGAGAAAACAACGAAUUGCAUUCGAAUGAUACACGGAGACGUAUGAAGGAGUUACUCGAUCCAGAUCACUCAAAAGAAGAUGACAGAGAAGGCAUUGAUGUGCCAUAUUUUGAGCUGGAAAGCAUAAUAGCUGCUACUGAUGACUUUUCAGAGAAAAAUAUGCUUGGACAAGGUGGUUUUGGGCCUGUUUACAAGGGUAAGCUUCCUGGAGGCGAAGAAAUUGCAGUGAAGAGGUUGUCAAGCCUCUCUGGACAAGGUUUGCAAGAGUUCAAAAAUGAGGUUAUGCUUAUUGCUAAACUUCAGCAUCGAAAUCUUGUUAGACUAUUGGGAUAUUGCAUCAAGGGAGAAGAACAGAUUCUUCUUUAUGAGUACAUGCCAAAUAGAAGCCUAGAUACAUUUAUAUUUGAUCGAACGCUGUGCGCAUCACUGGACUGGAAAAUGAGAUUUGAAAUCAUUAUGGGAAUUGCUAGAGGACUUAACUAUCUUCACCAUGAUUCUAGGUUAAGGGUUAUUCACAGAGAUUUGAAAACAAGUAACAUUUUGUUAGAUGAGGAUAUGAAUCCAAAAAUUUCGGAUUUUGGCUUGGCCAAGAUAGUUAAAGGUAAAGAUAUGGAAGCUAUGACCAACAGAGUUAUCGGAACCUUUGGCUAUAUGUCUCCAGAGUACGCACUAGAUGGGCUGUUCUCAGUUAAAUCGGAUGUUUUUAGCUUUGGAGUAGUGAUGCUUGAGAUUGUAAGUGGAACAAAAAAUACAGGAUUCUAUCAAUCACAGAGAAGUCUAAGUCUUUUAGGACAUGCAUGGAAUUUAUGGAGAGAAGAUAAGCCAUUUGAGUUGAUGGAUAAAGUACUAAUAGAAUCAUGCAAUUCGAGUGAGGUAUUGAAAUGUAUAAAUAUUGGACUCCUAUGUGUACAAGGAGACCCUGAUGAUCGUCCUACCAUGACCAAAGUUGUUUUGAUGCUUGGAGGUGAUAUUGUCACACUCCCAACUCCAAAAGAACCAGCCUUCAUUGCAAGAAAGGACAAUGCUACUUCCUCUUCCUCUAGUUCUUAUAAAACAGAUACGCAAUCCAAAAAUAUGUUGACAAUCACUAAGUUGGAUGGACGCUGAAAGGGUAAUUAAUUUGUCAAUGGCCUGUGUUUUGGUUUAUCGAUUGAUACUCACUUUUCUAGUAUUCUACUGUGAUCCUCAACUGUACAAAGGUGUCUCUUGCAUAAAGCAUGUUGUUAAGUGGUUUUUCCGGGGUUAAAUUUUUUAGGUCAUUCCUUUUCUAUCUAAUGUACUUAAUCACAAUAUGUACUUUAGUAAAACUGUUUAGUUUGUUGGAAGUUAGUAAGAUCAAAUGUAUAUAUGCUAAUUAUUAAAGGUAAAUUAAAUGCACAAAUUAUGAGCUA